AUGAACGACGAGGAGAAGCUCCUGGACAUCCACAAGAAGAUCGAGCGCGAGAAGGCUCUGAUCCAGGCUGCCAGCGUCAUGCGCCAGCAGACCACCAAUGAAGCCGUCAUCUCCAAGCUCGACACCCAGAUGCACGAGGGGAGGAGGAACCUCGAGUUCUUCGAGAACAGGCUGCGCGAGCUCCAGAUGCGUCGGAUGGGCCAGGGAAUGGAUAACAUGUCCCUCGGCCCCGGUGGCAGCUCUGCCGGUCGACCCAGGAGUUCGGAAAUGGACAACAACGGGCCACCACCUCCGCCGCCCAAGGACAGAUCUAGCUAUGGUGAUCCAUCCCCGCACGGCUCCGGCCAGGGCGGUCUGAUGCCUGGCCGCCAUCCUUUCCCUGGCCAGCCUCCGAACUCGAGUAUCCCAAAGCCAAGGCCCAAUUUCACCAAAUUAGACCUCAUAAAAUACGACACUCCGCACCUUGGUCCCCGAAUCCAGCUCAUGCUGUCCCAGAUUCAGUUCAAACUCAACGUUGAGGAGCAGUACCUGAAGGGCGUCGAGAAGAUGGUCCAGCUCUACCAGAUGGAGGGUGACAAGAAGAGCCGAGCGGACGCCGCCGCUAGACGUAUCGAGAGCAAGCAGAAGAUCGUACUCCUAAAGCAGGCACUCCGACGAUACGAAGAACUGCACAUCGAUAUGGACGCCGAUUCCCCGGACGAUGAUAGCAUCAACAUGCCCAACCUUCGAAAACCCCUGACCGGCCAACUCUCCAUCAGGGUCAUGGCCGUGAAAGAUGUCGACCACGCCGCCACUGGCAGAUUCAGCCGCGGGCCCGACACGUUCGUUGCCGUGAAGGUGGAGGACAAUGUGGUGGCUCGGACCAAGAGUUCGCGCACAGAUCGCUGGGAAGCCGAGUAUCACACGGUCGAGGUCGACAAGGCAAACGAGGUGGAGCUCACCGUCUACGACAAGCCCGGCGAGCACCCGAUUCCGAUUGGGAUGCUGUGGGUCAGGAUAUCCGACAUUGCCGAGGAGCUGCGACGCAAGAAGAUUGAAGCAGAAAUCAACAGCUCUGGAUGGGUUUCCGCCGACCGAAUGGGAUCGAAUCCCCGGGCUCCGCCUCCGCAAUUCCCCAUGAGCCCCCAGCACUCUCAGUUCGGGCCAGGCCCGACCUCGCCGAACUUCCAGGGGCAAGGCGGCAGCGGUGCGUACGGAGGCCCACAGCCACCGCAGGCGAUGCAAGUCAUGAGCCAGCCCGUCGAUGCCUGGUUCAACCUCGAGCCCAGUGGCCAGAUCCACCUGAGUCUCAAUUUCAUGAAGCAGACAAAGGACCGUCAACCGCUGGACAUGGGCCUUGGCCGAAAGGGCGCCAUCCGGCAGCGCAAGGAAGAGGUCCACGAGAUGUACGGCCACAAGUUUGUGCAACGCCAGUUCUACAACAUCAUGCGUUGCGCAUUGUGCGGAGACUUCCUCAAGUACUCGGCAGGCAUGCAAUGUGAGGACUGCAAGUAUACCUGCCACACUAAGUGCUACACGGGCGUCGUCACAAAGUGUAUCAGUAAGUCGAACGCCGAGACGGACCCUGACGAGGAAAAGAUCAACCACCGGAUUCCGCACAGAUUCCAGCCCUUUUCGAACCUCACGGCGAACUGGUGUUGCCACUGCGGAUAUAUGCUCCCGAUUGGCUCCAAGAAGAACUCGAGAAAAUGUUCAGAAUGCAGCCUUACUGCGCACGCUCAAUGCGUUCACCUCGUUCCUGAUUUUUGUGGCAUGUCGAUGGCCGUCGCAAACCAAAUUUUGGAAGGCAUAAGAUCGCAGAAGCGAAACCGGCAAGAGAAGGCGACAUCAAUGAGUGACCGGACUCUGCGGGCCAGCCACCGAAAGACGGCAUCGUCCGGACAGCAUUCUCCUUACGGAGGUGCCCAAGGCCAAUCUCCUACGCCUUAUGGCCCGACCGCGGCGUCUAGCCAGGCUACCGAGGCGGCCAAGUUAAUGUAUGCAAACCAGGCUGCCCAACGACCACAAGGCCCGGAUCGCACCUCGUCGAGUGCCGCAUCUGCCGCCGCUGCCGCCGCGAUGACAGGCACGAAACCAUUGCCUCAGCCCCAACAGAUGGGUGGGAUCCCAGACUUUGGGCCAGGCCACUACGGAAGUCCCGCAGGUUAUGGCCCCAGGCCAGAUCAGCGAGAAGAUGCAUACUCUGCUCAAUACGGCGGCCAGCCUCAGCAGCGGAAGUACAACCCUGCUGACUAUGCCAAUAUUGGCGCAUACCCAAGCCAACCCCAGGUACAGACCCAGCCAGUCCAGCAGCAGCAACAACAACAGCAGCAGCAGCAGCAGGUGCAGGCGCAACAACAGUCAAUGUAUUCACAUCAGCAGCAACCGAUAUCCGCACCGAAGCUCCAGAUCGAGGAGCCUUUCCCGCCAGCGACAUCUCCCACCGGCAGCAUUCCAUCUGCCGCGAAGAAGCCCCUUCCAUCGGCCACGGAUCCGGGCACGGGUCUACGCAUUGGCCUGGACCACUUCAACUUCCUUGCAGUGCUCGGCAAGGGCAAUUUCGGCAAGGUCAUGCUCGCGGAAACGAAGCGAUCACGCAUGCUGUAUGCCAUCAAGGUGCUGAAGAAGGAGUUCAUUAUAGAGAAUGACGAGGUCGAGAGCAUCCGGUCCGAGAAGCGGGUGUUCCUGAUCGCGAACCGGGAGCGGCAUCCAUUCCUGACAAACCUGCAUGCCUGCUUCCAGACCGAGACCCGGGUCUACUUCGUUAUGGAGUACGUUAGUGGCGGCGAUCUGAUGUUGCAUAUCCAGCGUGGCCAGUUCGGUACGAAGCGCGCACAAUUCUACGCCGCCGAGGUCUGUCUGGCGUUGAAAUACUUCCACGAGAACGGUGUCAUCUACCGUGACCUCAAGCUUGACAAUAUUCUCCUCACGCUUGAUGGCCACAUCAAGAUUGCCGAUUAUGGUCUAUGCAAAGAAGACAUGUGGUACGGGUCGACGACGAGCACGUUCUGCGGUACUCCCGAGUUUAUGGCGCCCGAGAUUCUCCUAGAUAAGAAAUAUGGCCGUGCCGUCGACUGGUGGGCAUUCGGCGUCCUUAUCUACCAGAUGCUCUUGCAGCAGUCGCCAUUCCGAGGCGAGGAUGAGGACGAGAUCUACGAUGCCAUUCUCGCCGACGAGCCGCUGUACCCGAUUUCGAUGCCCCGCGACAGCGUCACCAUCCUGCAGAAACUGUUGACUCGCGAGCCGGAUCAACGGCUGGGAAGCGGGCCCACCGAUGCCCAGGAAGUCAUGUCUCAGCCAUUUUUUAGGAACAUCAACUGGGACGACAUCUACAACAAGCGCGUCCAGCCGCCCUUCCUGCCACAGAUCAAGAGUGCGACCGACACCAGCAACUUCGACAGCGAAUUCACAAGCGUGACGCCGGUCCUGACACCGGUGCAAUCAGUGCUGUCGCAGGCCAUGCAGGAGGAGUUCCGCGGGUUCUCUUAUACCGCCGACUUCGAGUGA